AACCAGUCACCUCUCUUUACUCUUGUUUUUGACCCACCACUGCAAUUCAAUUAUUACUCUGUUACCCUCCGUUUCACAACCCUUCUCGCCCAAUCUCAGUCUUGAGGUUAUAUAUCUAUUUAUCUAUCUCUCUAUAUAUGUAUCUAUGUAUGUAUAGAUAGAGAGAGAAGGGGAUGUCAAAGUGCUUUAGUUUAACGGCGUCGAGAAACUGGUGCUUAAGAUCAGUGUUCUCCAAGUCGGGUCUCCGAUCCACCAUUUUUGACCUUGCCGAUGGUACCAUUAUGCACUGUUGGGUCCCCAAGACCCGGAAAGAAUCCAAACCCGAUUUGCUCCUCAUACAUGGGCUCGGAGCCAACGCAAUGUGGCAGUGGGGCGACGUCAUCCGGAUUGUGGUCCCCUACUUCAACGUCUACGUGCCGGACCUGGUGUUCUUCGGCGACUCGUUCACGACUCGGCCGGAACGGUCCGAGUCGUUCCAGGCUCAGUGCGUGAUGCGGGUCAUGGAGGCCAACUCGGUGCGGAGGAUGAGCGUGGUGGGGCUCAGUUACGGUGGGUUCGUGGCGUACAGCAUGGCGGCGCAGUUUAGGGAGGCGGUGGAGAGGGUGGUGAUAUGCUGCGCCGGGGUGUGCCUGGAGGAGAAGGACCUCGCGGCGGGAUUGUUCCAGGUGUCGGACCUGGAGGAGGCCACCAGCAUUCUGCUGCCGCAGACGGCGGAGAAAAUGAGGGAAUUGAUGGGAUACACUUUUGUCAAGCCACCGGUUCCGUUCAUGCCCUCUUGCUUGCUUAAUGACUACAUUGAUGUAAUGUGUACUGAAUAUAUGGAGGAGAAGAAAGAGUUAGUACGUGCCAUUCCUAAGGAUCGAAAACUUUCAGAACUUCCCAAGAUACCUCAGCCUACUUUAAUAAUCUGGGGAGAUCAAGACAAGAUAUUCCCAUUAGAACUUGGUCACAGAUUAAAAAGGCAUUUGGGAGACAAUGCUGAGCUAGUAGUCAUCAAGGACACUGGGCAUGGCUUCUUCCUUGAAAAGCCUAAGGAGAUGAAAAAGCACUUGAAGUCCUUCCUCAUCAAUUCGGUCUCUCCUCCUCCGACGAAGAGCCCUCUUCCGGAUCAUCAGAAUCGUCAAGAAUGAUUUAUUCGAUGCAGCAGCAAUUGCAGGAUCAAUCUUUCAAUUCCAGUGAUUCCAGCAUUUGAUCCCUAACAAAAUAUCAGUUGAAAGACAAUUUUAUGUGUCAUUCACAAGUUAUCAUUGAUCCUCCCAAAAGGACUUGGUGAUGUGGUGAACCAGUCUUUUGGGACAAGACACCAUUUUGCAACACACCAUAAAACUCAUAUAGACAAUGCAGAAUUUAAAGCCAUUAUCACAAGUAUAUUUUUGUGUCUCUUUGUUGAAAGGAUAAUAUAAUAAACAAGCAAUGUUUUCUUGUUUUCAUGCA